AUGAAUUUCGAAAUAAAUUCAAGUAAUAGUAAUUUAGAGACCAUCUUUAACUAUUUAAAAAGAGAUUUAUUAUUAAACAGUAACAAUACCAUUAAUAUUAAUAUAAAUAACUAUAAAAAUAAAAAAAAGAAAAAAAGGAUCAAUACUAUAGAGCAAUACGAAAGCUUUUUAUUCAUUCUACCAAAUGAAAUAUUUUCAAAAAUACUAUCCAAUUUAGAUUAUAAAGAUAUAAUAUCACUAUCACUUAUAAACAAUCAUUUUUAUUCACUAAUAAACAGCUACAAUAAUCUAUGGAGAAAACUAUAUUUUAAAAAAUAUAAAAACUAUAAUAAAUUAAAUCAUUUCGGUUUCUGCAAAAACCCACCUAAUCAUUGUAAUAACUGUAAUAAAAAUAGCAAUUAUAAUAAUAAUAGUUAUAAUGAAAAUUGGAAAUCAAAAUAUUUAAAAAAUAAAAAAGAAAAUAAAAAUUGGAAAAAUGGCAAAUACUCUGUAACUUCUUUGGAUACCAACAUUGGGGGUAUAUUUUGUUUAUCACAAAAAUCAAAUAUGCUAGUCACUGGAUCAUUCGACAGAGAACUAAAGCUAUGGAAACUUAAAGCCCCAUCCAAAUCAAAUCGAAAGCUUUCAAUUGAACCAGUAAUGAACAUCCGAGGUCAUGAUGGUUGGAUAUGGUCUACUCAUUUGAAAACAUCAAAGAACUUUCACAAGAUCAAAUGUAUAAGCUCUAGCCAAGAUGGUACAAUUAUGGUUAGCGAUAUUGACAAAGAAGAAUUUGAUAGAAUGGAAUCAUCAAAUGGUCAUGGAGAAGAUAGAACUGGACUAGAUAAUCAUAGCGGCUCAUCUAGUGGCAAUGACAGUAGUGGUACCAAUAGCACCUAUUUUAACAACAAUCAUAACAAUAUAAAUUUCAAUAAUAAAACAGCAAGAUCAUUCAAUUUAAAAACAAGUAAACAACAAAUGUCAACUGAAUUUCCUCGACAACCUCAACAAUCCCAUUCAAAACUUAUCGAUGGUACAUUUUUAAAAGGUCACAAAGGAACCGUUUGGACAACACAACCAGAUAAACAACUUAAACAUCUAUAUAGUGGCGGUGGUGAUUCAUUAAUAAAGCAAUGGGAUAUCGAAAGAACAUGCUUUGUUUCUGAUAUAGGAAAACACAAUGAAUCAAUACUUUGCCUUUCAGGUGUAUCGACUGAACACCCUGACCUAUUAGCAUCUGGUUCAGCUGACCAUACAAUUCGAUUAUGGGAUAUCAGAGCACCUCCAAAAAUGGUACUAUGCAUUAACGAACAUGGUGUUAAUAUUGAUUGUUUGUCCCUCUCAAACCAUUUUAUUGUUUCUGGUGGGGAUGACGGAGUCCUAAGGGUAUCAGAUAUUAGAUACAUGAUAACAUCUCCAAGACCCUAUGUAAUUGCCGAAAUACCCGCUCAUGAGGGAUCAAUUAGGGCACUAUCAAUUAAAAGAGAUAAAAUGGUAACAACCUCAAGUGAUAUGUCGAUUAAAAUUUGGCAAAUUAAAAAAAUGGAAUCAACUCCCUCACAUUGUUUAUUAGGUCAUCAUGGCUCUGUAGUCUCAAUGCAAUUAAAAAGCAAUAUGAUUAUUAGUGGAUCUUUAGACUCCAGUGUUAAAAUUUGGGAUUUUUCAAAUUAA